AUGCCCGCAAAGAUGCCUGACACCUACCCCUCUCAUCCCGAGGACAUUGAAUCCAAAGAUACUGCCACGGAUUCGGGUUAUGUCAGUGGCAGCUCUAGUGACGACUAUCUUCCUGAGAUUGUCUUCACCAAGCCACACCUGCAGUUUCUCAACAGACAGCUGCAGUUCCUCGAGCCCCAAGAUGUCCUGAGAUGGUGUGUUACAUCACUUCCUCACCUCUUCCAGACCACUGCGUUUGGUCUGACGGGGCUCGUCACUCUGGAUAUGCUUUCUAAGCUGGAGGUCCCCCGUCCUCAGAUGGUCGACCUGAUCUUCCUCGACACUCUUCAUCACUUCUCCGAAACCCUAACUCUGGUAGACAAGGUUCGUCAGAAGUAUCCCUUGAACAACAUCCAUGUCUACAAGCCCAAGGGCCUCAACUCCGAAGAAGAAUUUGCCAAGAAGUUUGGUGCCCGUCUCUGGGAACGGGAUGAUCAGUUCUACGACUGGGUUGCCAAAGUAGAGCCAGCCCAGCGUGCCUACCGUGAGCUGAACGUUCAUGCUGUCCUUACCGGUCGUCGCCGCAGCCAGGGUGGCAAGCGUGGCGACCUCGACAUCAUUGAGGUUGACGAAGCUGGUCUGAUCAAGAUUAACCCUCUCGCCAACUGGACCUUCGACCAGGUCAAGCAGUACAUCAAAGACAAUGAUGUGCCCUACAAUGAGCUGCUUGACCGCGGCUACAAGAGCAUUGGUGACUACCACUCCACCCAACCUGUCAAGGAGAACGAAGAUGAACGGUCCGGUCGCUGGAAGGGUCAAGCCAAGACCGAAUGUGGAAUCCACAACCCUCGCUCCAAGUACGCCCAGUACCUGAUGGACUUAGAGCGCAAGCGACAGGAAGAGGCCCUGUCUCAGGCGUUGCAGAACCAACUGACCACUGCCUAA